AUGGCGUCCACUAAGGAGUACAGACUACUCUGCCUGGAGAACCCUCUCCUCGAUAUCCAGGCCUUCGGCAACGAAGAGCUGCUGAAGAAGUACGACCUCAAGGCCAAUGACGCCAUUCUGGCCGAGCCGAAGCACCUAGGCAUCUAUGAGGACCUCCUCAACAACUACGAUGCCAAGUUGAUUGCCGGCGGCGCUGCCCAGAACACGGCCCGCGGUGCCCAGUACUUGCUCCCUCCUAACAGUGUUGUCUACCUCGGUGGCGCUGGCGAUGACAAGUACGCCGCCAUCCUUCGCGACGCCUGCAAGCAGGCCGGUCUGCGUGUUGAGUACCGCGUUGAUCCCAAGAUCCCUACGGGUCGCUGCGGCGUCGUCAUCACUGGUCACAACCGCAGCAUGUGCACCGAUCUGGGUGCCGCCAACCACUACGAUCUGGAGCAUCUCAAGCGCCCUGACAUUUGGGCCCUUGUCGAGAACGCUGAGGCGUUUUAUAUUGGCGGCUACCACUUCACUGUCUGCCCACCUGCCAUCAUGGAGCUCGCCAACCAAGCCGCCACCAAGAACAAGCCUUUCAUCCUGUCCCUCUCCGCCCCCUUCAUCCCGCAAUUCUUCAAGGAGCCCCUCGAUGCGUCCGCCCCUUACUGGGACUACGUGAUCGGCAACGAGACGGAGGCCGCAGCCUACGCCGAGUCUCACAACCUCGGCAUCACGGACGUCAAGGAAAUUGCCAAGGCGCUGGCCAACCUCCCCAAGGCGAACACGCAGCGCAAGCGCGUGGCCAUCAUCACACAGGGUACCGACCCCACCGUCGUCGCGGUCCAGGGUGAGGACGAGGUCCAGGAGUACCCGGUGCACGAAAUCCCGAAAGAGAAGAUCAACGAUACCAACGGUGCGGGCGAUGCGUUUGCCGGCGGUUUCUGCGCCGGUGUCGUCGAGGGGCGCCCGCUGGAUGAGUGCGUUGACAUGGGCCAGUGGCUGGCGCGGCUGAGCAUUCAGGAGCUUGGUCCUUCCUACCCCUUCCCCAAGCAGACUUACACUCGCCAGAAGUAA